AUGCGAAUAUCAGAUAUGCAGUCUCUGACACAAUAUAUCAAUUAUUAUCAAAAUUACGCUUGUAGUACUAUAAUCUACGAUCAUUUUCAACUUAAUAAUCAUUCUAACUUCGACAUAAUUUUUGAACCAGAACGUACAAUAAUUAAAGAAACAAACUUUCAAACAUCGUCCAAUACUACCAAUCAAAAAACUUUAAUUAUAGAGAUAUACCAUCCAAAAACAAAUCUUACUAGUAAUUCUUUUUCAAUAUCCAAUAAUAAUGUUGUGAUUUUACUAAGGAAACAUGAAGAAGGUUUAGAAUGGUCGUCGUUAAAGUUUAAAUACUAUCUAGAUGGGGAUGAAAUGAAUGGAGAAGAAGAAGAAAAAUGGUUCCUCACAAAUGAAAAUGUAAGAAAAUGCUCUGAACUUGUAGAAAGACAAUCGAAUUGGUCUAAAGCUUCAUUAUCGCCUGAAAUAGUGUCAACACAAGCUAUAAGAGAUAAAGAUGGAUAUAUUUUACGAAUUAAAAGUAAGCAACAACCUUCUUCAAUUACUAGCGAAUCAUCAAUUUGUGGCAAUAUA